AUGCCCUCCAUUGCUGAUGAAGUGCCCUCCACUGCCAGUGCAGGGUUCUCUGCUGCCGGUGAAGUGCCCUACAUUGCCAGUCAAGGGUCUUCUACUGCUGGUGAAGCGCCCUCCUCUGUCAGUGAAAUGCCCUGUGCUACUGGUGAAGUGUCCUCUGUUGCUGGUGAAGUGCUCUCUGCUACUGUGAAGUUCCCUCUACUACCAGUGAAGUGUCCUCUGCUGCCGGUGAAGUACACUCCACUUCUGAUGCAAAGGUCCUCCACUGCCAGUGCAGAGUCCUCUGCUGCCAGUGAAGUUCCCUGCACUGCAAGUGAAGGGUCUUCUGCUGCUGGUGAAGUGUCCUUUGCUGUCAGUGAAGCCCCCUCCACUACCAUGAAGUUCCCUCUGCUACCAGUGACGUGCCCCCUCCUGCUGGUGAAAUUCCCUCCACUUCUGAUGCAAGAGUACUCUAUUGCUGGCGAAGGUUCUCUGCUGCAGGUGAAGUGCCCUGCACUGCCGAUGAAGGAUCCUCCACUGCUGCUCGACGGAACACGUGCGGAGCAGCUGCCCGAGAAAAGAGUGGGCCAACUGCCGCACGAAAACGCAGACAACGGAACUGAGCAGGCAGCAAGCUGUGCCGGAAUUCUGACGGGUCAGAGCCUGCUGGUGCACAAAGAUCCUGCCGUAGGGGAAGCAGCAGUGGCAGCUGAGGCUGCCCAGCCUGCAACACUGGCCCCAGUAGCGGCUGCCGCAGGCAACGCAGGGGAGAAGCGGCACAACUCUGACAACGAAAACUCGAUGGAGGCCGAACCGGUGGCCACCCUCUCUCCCACCGGCUGGCGGGUGAAGGUCACGUGUGCCGCCGUGCCCGCCCAGGUGUCGGCUGUGCCCGUCAUUCACAGCACCCGACCAGCCCGUCCUAGCGCCGAGCCCACGCCCACCGUGUACACUGAGGCGCGUGAGAUCGCAAUCGAGAAACGAGCAACCGAACUCACACGCAUCCUAUAA